AUGACGAAGCAUCCCGAUUCCCCCCGGGUAGCAGCCCCCCCUCGCCGCUCCCCCCCGCGCCAGGCCGGCCCGGGGCAGCUCAAGGCGCACCUCGGGGUCACCGGCCGCGCCUGCUCCCGGGCUCGGCCCUCCCUCGCCUCUCCGGUUUGCAUCACGGACGUUAAUUUCUGGAGGGAGAACUCGGCAAAGCACGUGUCACUUUUAUUAUUUCAUUAUUUUCUCUGUUCUGCAGCUUGUGGCAUUCUGGCUAUUGACAAGGCCAAGGAGCCCAUCACCUUAGUUCUGGCAGAAGAUGGCACCAUCGUGGAUGAUGAAGAUUACUUUUUGUGUCUGCCACCUAACACCAAGUUUGUGGCACUGGCCAAGAAUGAGAAAUGGUCCAGCAAAAGCUUAGACAGUGGAACAGCCUGGCCCUCGGAGUCUGCAGAUGAAGUGGACAGUGCUGCAGAGAAGUGGAAGCAGCUGGCCAGGCAACUGAAGGAGGACCUGUCCAAUAUCAUCCUGAUGUCUGAAGAGGACCUCCAGGUGCUAACUGAUAUACCAUGUUCAGACCUGGCAGAAGAACUUGCCCAAAGUCCAACCAAAGUCCAAGUAUUGCAGGACACCUUGCAACAGGUGCUGGACAGACGAGAAGAAGAACGGCAGUCAAGACAGCUCCUGGAGCUCUACCUACAGGCCUUGAAAAAUGAAGAUAGUAUCUUAAGCAAAGUAGCAGAAUCUGAAGCUGUACCAAGAAAGGAGAUGGAUGUGGUUGACACAGGAACCAGCAGUACAAGCAGUUCAGUCAAAACAAUGCUCGGUGACCAGAUCCUUGCUGCUUUGAAAGAGAAACCUGCUCCAGAGCUCUGCUUGGACAGUCAAGAUCUAGAGCUGGUCUUGAAAGAAGACACACAAGUCCUGGCCUCAGCUCUAAGAUGGGACAAGCAGAAAGCUGAAGCUGUGCAGCAAGCCUGUGAUCAGGAGCUCUCCAAGCGUCUACAACAAGUGCAGACUUUGCAUUCCCUAAGGAGCAUGUCCAAGGGCAAGAAAACACUCCCCUGGGGAGACUGGCCUAGUUCAAAACGCAAAAAAUAAGACUGUAGUGCUGCC